UAGAAGGGCUCCAGGAUGGAGGCCGGCCUGACCUCUUCGCUUCAGUGAGCUGGAGCUCACUGGGUGCUGGAGCAUUGCUUCUACUGCGGAUCCUGCUGCUGGCAGCGCUGGAAACUGGGUGGACGGCAUGGGUUGGUCUCAGGAUUUGUUCCGCGCCUUGUGGAGAUCGCUGUCAAGGGAAGUGAAGGAGCACGUGGGCACGGACCAAUUCGGGAACAAAUACUACUGCAUCCCGCAGUACACGAACUGGAGAGGACAAACUAUUCGAGAGAAGAGAAUUGUAGAAGGAGCAAAUAAAAAAGAAGUAGACUAUGAAAUAGGGGAUAUUCCAACAGAAUGGGAAGCUUGGAUUAGAAGAACAAGAAAGACUCCACCUACUAUGGAGGUCAGCAAUGUGGGUGACAGAUGCUUCUUUUUGCUGUUGGAACACUUCAUAUUCAUCUCUGGUAUUGUUACGGCCUUCAACAUACCUUACCAACAAGAGAGGCUGAGAAGACCGAGGAUGAAGACUCUGGACCAACCUGGGGCUAAUGGUACGCAGAGCGAAGGCCAUAAACACAGGGCGAAAGAGCAGCCAGAAAUGCUCAGCUGUGGUGUAGAGCAAGAAGGAAUGAAGAAUUGGGGAGAGGGUCUUGAGACUAAGGAUGAAACUGCUGGACUGGGGCUGGCCUCUGCACAAAGGGCCAGCAAUGGGACUGAUGGCUGACUAGAAUUUCUUGCCCCUAGGCAAACACAGGGAGCUAUCUUCAGUCAUCUCUCCAAAACUCUUAUCAGCUCAGACGAUAAAAGGUGGGGCAUUUCCCUUUAAGUAACAUCAAUUUAAAGAAAAAAAAAAAGGUGGGGCAGAGCUGCCCUGUGUUUCACAGGUGGCUGCUCUAACUGCCUCAGGCUCUGGCCAGCAGCCCCAGGGCUGAGAGGAUCCCUAUCUUAACCCAUCUGUAAUGUAUUUGCAUACCUGUAACCCAGCCUUGCUAAACUGCUGCAGGCAAGCUGGGAAGCUCUGGCCUUGUCCUGGAGGAUAUAAACUUUUUCAGGAAGUAUUAGCCAGGAAAGCUGUCUGGCCUAUUUACAAAAUGCCAUAAACAAACCCUAGUGCUUGUCCGAGGUUUGGGUGAACACAUCAUAAGGGGAAGCCUUGGGUGCCUUCUUGGCGUCCUCCCCCAGCCCAGGUUUCCUUCCAGUUCAGUUCCCCCCUUCACACGCCCUCCCCAAAACACAACAGUAUUUCAAAGGAAACAGUGGCUCAGUGGAUGAUGGAUAAGGAACCUACACUUACGGUCCCCCCUGCCCCUCGCCACCAAAAGAAACGACCUCAUGGCUUGCUUCUGGAGACCAGAAAAGUGACUGGACCGAAGGACAGAAUGGGUGAAUUAAGCCAGAUGAGCUGUAACCCCAAAGGCCUAGUUCUGGAGGAGAGGUCAGUAGCCUAGAAAGGAGAGAAAAUUAAAUACACUAUACUUGGCAGUGGCUGUUUCAAUUUUACAAUUACAAAGUGAAUAUUUGACAUUAUUCUGUAUUUUAUCUGAACUAUGUCCUGAAAAUUUCUUCCAUUGCAGUAAACAUUAAUUUUUCUCUUGACUGUGUGUCAUGCUUCAGUGGACAGGGUGGAUAGCAAGCAUAGGCAAUGGAGUAGGUAAAGUUUAUGAACCUAAGGGCGCUGUCUGGGGCAAAGCCACAUCCCCUGCUGUCCUGUCCAGGUGUAGUAACAGUAGAAAGUUAACUGUGUUCAAUGAAGGUAUACACAGGAGACACAAAAGACAGUAUCAUCUGCAUGCCUGCAAGCUUCCGAAGGACAAGGCUUGCAAAUUGUUCCUCUCCAUAUCUCCACCAUAGGGUCAUAGGCACAUGCUAAGUACUCAAGAAAUACUUGUAGAUGGAUAUGCAGAUGGAUGGAUGUGGCAAAUAGUAGUUACUUAAUGUAGGUGUUAUGUAAUGAUCUCGUAUUUUGAGUAGUUGAUGAUGAAGAGAAAGGACAAAAGCUUUCAUUUUUGCAACAGGAAAAUAAAUUAUGGAUAUAUUACACUAAACAAAUAUAAUAGCAUAUAGCAUAUGCUAUUUUGUCAUCCAUUUUUUUCCAAAGAGUGCUUUGAUAUGUUAGGUAAGGGUGGAAAGGGGAAAAAAAUGCCCAGUACAGCUCAUGAAGCCUCUUUCUCACCAGAUCUUGUAAAAUGCAAGCUACUUGGGAGUGGACGAAUGACUUAACGAUGAUGUUGUCAGGGCCCUCAGAAUAAAUAUUGCCUUUUCCAUUCCCACUGUGGGUACUACAAGUGCCACUGGCACCUUGUCAAGAAGUUGAGAUCUCCUCAUUCUUAUCUUCUGUGUCAGGCAGCACAAGAUGGUAAAAAAAAAAACUCGUUCAAAAUGCACUUGAAUAUUACAUCCCUUGUCCUUGCAUUUACACUAUUUUCUUGCAGCUGAAAGCCUAACAGCUAGUAAGUAGAAAAGGAGAGGACAGAACCAUCCAAAAGUCAGCCUUUCCUUCCUAAGGAGAGCCCUUGGUGGGGUUUGUCCAUCAAACAGUAGCCUCCCUAAUGGCGUCUUCACUCUUUCUUCCUUUGCCACCCAGUAUCGAGACACUUCUCAUCUCUCAGAAGCAAGGAACUUCAGAAUUGGUUUCAGUUCUAUGAUUCUCUUUCAGCAGCCAUCCCAACAGUCUAUAAGAUGAAAGAACCACUCAGGGCAGCAGGGACUUUAGAACUGAUUGAAAGUCAUUU